GCGAUAUUCUUCCUGCUCCCCUCUCCCCUUUCCAACUGUCUCCGACUUCCUUCUCCACCAAUCGCAUCCUUUCCCUUGCUCCCACCAGCCAUGGCGCUCCAACAAACUCCUACAUGCACCUGCAAUUCUCGCCGGACACCUCCAAUUGCGAGAAGGAGAAGAAGAAGAAGGAGGAGGAGGAGGAGGAGGAGGAAGGAGGAGGAGGAAGAAGGAGGACGAAGGAGGCGGAGGAAGGAGGAGAAAGAAGAAGGAUGAAGGAGGAGGAGGAAGAAGGGGUGGAUGGCGAGAUGGGAUGGAGGGAUGGAUGGCAAGAUGUGAUGGAAGGAGGAGGGAGGAGGAGGAGGAAGAAGAUGGAGGAAGGAGGAGGAGGAAGGAGGAGGAAGAAGAAGAGGAAGAAGAAGGAAGGAGGAGGAGGAAGGAGGACGAAGAAGAAGGAUGAAGGAGGAGGAGGAAGAAGGGAUGGAUGGCGAGAUGUAAUGGAAGGAGGAAGGAGGGAGGAGGAGGAGGAGGAAGAAGAUGGAGGAAGGAGGAGGAGGAAGGAGGAGGAAGAAGAAGAGGAAGAAGAAGAAAGGAGGAGGAGGAAGAGGACGAAGAAGAAGGAUGGAGGAGGAGGAGGAAGAAGGGAUGGAUGGCGAGAUGGGAUGGUGGGAUGGAUGGCGAGAUGGGAUGAUGUGACGGAAGGAGGAGGAGGAAGGAGGAGGAGGAAGGAGGAGGAGGAAGAAGGGGAGGAAGAACAAGGAGGAAGGAGGAGGAGGAAGAAGGGGGAAGGAGGAGGAAGAAGGAGGAGGAAGGAGGAGGAGGAAGCAGGAGGAGGAGGAAGGAGGAGGAAGAAGAAGAAGGAAGGAGGAGGAGGAGGAGGAAGGAGGAGGAAGAAGAAGAAGGAAGGAGGAGGGAGGAGGAGGAAGGAGGAGGGAGGAGGAGGAGGACGAAGGGGUGGAUGGCAAGAUGGGAUGGUGGGAUGGGUGGCGAGAUGGGAUGGUGGGAUGGAUGGCGAGAUGCGAUGGAAGAGAAAGGAGGAAGGAGGAGGAAGGAGGAGGAAGAAGGAGGAGGAGGAAGAAGGAGGAAGGAGGAGGAAGAAGGAGGAAGAAGGACGAAGGAGGAGGAAGGAGGAGGAAGAAGAAGGACGAAGGAGGAGGAGGAAGAAGGGAUGGAUGGCGAGAUGGGAUGGAUGGAUGGCAAGAUCUGAGGAGCGAUUGGAAGGAGAGCAAUUGCAGCAGUGGCUAAAUUUGGUCAUAGCACCUAUGGAGCUUGUUGCAUAUGUCAAGGGCGAAGACUCUGCAAUCGAUUGUGUUCCUGAAGACCGAGGUCGAAAUACCCUAUGAAAAGUCAUUGGAUGUCAUCUGUAGUGGGGUGUUGUAUACAAAUUUAACCAGAAAAGGAUCAUUUUUCUUGUCAGAUAUCAAAGCCAGCUGCAGGUGGAGGCGGGCCUUAAGAACGUGAGGAGUAUUCCAGAAGCCCAAACGUUGCUGGUGGCAUGUAUGCGGAUUUGCUAAUGGCUCACGACCCUCGGUCUGACAGCAGGGCGGCGGUUUCUAAGGGAGACAGAGAAGAGGAGACAUGCAGGAUAGGGGGUGCUUGUGUUUGUUCAUCGAGGAGGAGCUCUGAUAGAAGGGAGCGAGGAAGCGAAGGAUUGGGAGGUUCAGCCCUUUCGCUCGAUGCUGGAUGUGGAUUCCUGGCGAAUCCAGGAUGUAUAUAUCACGUAGGUGUACAUAUGAUGUCAUGUCAUAGAUUGAUUCAUACCUUUAUGUAAAUGAUUAUAGCAUUAAUAGGAGAGCAUUUGGAAUGCCAACCGAACUCGACACUCGAUCAGAGAGAUGCCAUCAGGUGUCUCGAGGACAGGACAGGGAAGAAAAGUUCCACGGAAGCACCCAACCUGGUGUUUCCACCUACAGGUUGGGCACUCUGCAUGCUUUCUAGCAAGUUCAUAGUAAAGUUUCCAGACGCUCUUCUCUUGGAGUUUGUAGGCACCGUGUACUAUGCAGGUUGCCAGGUACUAUGUACUGUGAAGGUGCAUUGUGCAGAUACUAUGUACUGUGAAGGUGCAUUGUGCAGAUACUAUGUACUGUGAAGGUAUAUGUGCUAUGUAGGUACUGUGUACUGUGAAGGGGCAUGUACUAUGCAGGUACUAUGUACUGUGAAGGUACAUGUACUAUGCAGGUACUAUGUACUGUGAAGGUACAUGUACUAYGUAGGCACUAUGUAGUAUGCAGGUGCUGUGUACUGUGAAGGUACAUGUACUGUCUAGAUUUGUCACUUUGAUAAGUUUGAUUUGACUGCUUGUCGGAGAUGAAAUGGUGAGGGCAUUCUUGCUGAUCAAGGGUUUGGGUUGUGCACAUGGCCACUGUGUCCAGGAGUUAACGAGAGGGAGGGGCAUUCCAGCUGCACAUAGGGGUGGAGGGAUUGCAGAAGAAGAGUAAUGGGGAACCGUUUACCUUUGUAAGGGGCAGGGAGGAAUGUACAAGGGGAGAGAGGAGAAGAGAAUGUUCACAUUUGAUGGUGGUCUGGGAAUGUACAAGGCGGCGACAGGAGAAUAGAGCGUUCACAUUUGACGGUCUGGAAAUUUCUUCUUUAUACGUAAGGGAUGGCGGGGGGAGAAUGCUGUUGUAGUUUUUUUGUAAUGGCAUUUUACAGCUGGAUGUGGUUUUGAAUGGUGAAGAUUGAUCAAAGGGAGUCUCAAGCCUAUGCUCACCAUGCUGCUGCUUGUUGAUUUGAAUCUUAGGAGGUCGACUUGGAGUGUUCAUCCUGGGGGAGGGGCAUUAUAUGGGUGUAGGCAUUGUUGUACUGCAUGGGUGUCUUUUCAGUUCUCCCUUGCUUUUCUUAAAUGUUGGUUGAGUUCCGUGAGAUACAACAACUUUGCAGCCAUGGCUUCGCAAACUUGCUUGUCGGGACAAGCCCGCAGUUGAUGCCCUCUUGCAGAAUUAGUGGUACACGUGUGCGUGCAUCCUUGUGCCUAAGGUGCAGCAGUCCUUGUCUGGAUUCAUGCAUGUGUUGAACCUCCUGUCACGAGAAUUCGUGACUGGAUCGGCAGCGUGCUUGAUGCCUGGUCAUGGUGUUUAAGCAUAAUUUCACUGGAAUUCGUCACCAAAUUACCUGCCCUUAAGCAUGUGUAAUGUAUGUUAAUGGUAGGUACGAGUUAAAACUAAUAGUUACACUUUGUGUGUUGGGGUGUCUGGUUUUGGGGGGAAUCUCUUCCCCAUCGCCUUGGCAGAUGGCUCCGUUUUUACAUGCUCGACUGUCGGCCGUGCGUCUCUGUUGUUUUCUGUUGUUGUGAUGGAGCCUUCCAUCUUCCGUCUGCCAGCUGAAUGAUGGAGGUGGUCAUCCCUGCUCCUACACUGGGCAAUGAGAAUUGAGGGACUGGAGCACGACCAGAGAAGAGAAUGAGGAGAGGAAGCAGAUUGGGAAGUUGGAAAAAAGAAAAUGAAAAGCUGUGAAAAAU